UUUUGCUCGUAGCGAGCCGGUUGUCCGUCGAUUUGAAGUGUUUUACCGCUGACCUCCAUCCAAAAAACGAUCCGAUCCCAACCGCUACGGCUCGUUUCGAUUCUAUUCACUCCAAUCGAGAGUCGAUUCGUUUGAAUCGCAGCGAGUUUUUCUCUACGUAGAGUUACCACAUCACCCGAUAUAGCAUAUAAAGCCCAGUUGCACGAGGAGGAGGUUGCCGAGCAGACGAGUGACCAUGGCGGAGGACACAAGUUCGCCGAUGGACAGAUUCUGCGGAUCCACAUUCUGGAACGCGACGGAAACAUGGUGGACCAACGAUCCGGACUUCACGCCGUGCUUUGAGCAGACGGCCCUGGUCUGGACACCCUGCGCCUUCUACUGGGUGUUCGUGAUCUUUGACUUCUACUACCUGAAGGCGAGUCUGGACAGGAAUAUACCCUGGAACAAGCUGAACUUGAGCAAAGCGCUGGUGAAUCUUGGUCUGCUGGUAAUCACUGCCCUGGACCUGAUUAUGGCCCUGAUCAAGAAGGGCGGCGACUCCGAGCUGCCCCUCUACGACCUGGAUGUCUGGGGCCCCAUCAUCAAGUUCGCCACCUUCCUGCUGGUCUUCAUAUUCAUACCGCUGAACCGGAAGUACGGCGUGCAGACCACGGGGUGUCAGUUCAUCUUCUGGUUCCUGCUCACCGUGCUGUCGAUUCCCCGCUGUCGCACAGAAGUUCGCCUGGACUCGGAGCGAAAGAAUAUUCUGGAUUCGCAGCAGCCCUCCGAGCAGGACUUUUCCUGGGAGGAGUACCAGUUCGCUAGCUUCUUUAUCUUCUUCACCUUCACCAGCAUCAUGCUGAUCCUGAACUGCUUUGCCGACGGAUUGCCCAGGCAGACCAAGUACCAGAGGGGUGAGAACGAGAUUCCCGAGCUGUCAGCAAGUUUCCUUUCCAGGAUCACCUAUACGUGGUUCGAUAAAAUGGCCCUCAAGGGCUAUCGCAAUCCACUGGAAGAGAAGGAUCUGUGGGAUCUGAGGCCCCAGGACAGCUGCUCCGAGGUCAUGCCCAUCUUCGCCCACCACUGGAACCAGAACGUGCGCAAGAACUACAAGAACAAGGCCCGCGUAGAACCCAAGGCCCAGUUUAGCAAUGGCAACGUGACUUUUGAGAAUCCCCACGGAGAGAAGAAUGGCCGCAAGAAAGGCAUGGCCAGUAUUAUGCCGCCAAUUUACAAGUCCUUUGGCGGCGUCUUUUUGUUCGGCGCCCUGAUGAAGUUGUUCACCGACGUCCUGACAUUUGCCCAGCCCCAAGUCCUGAGCUUGAUCAUCGGCUUCGUUGAGGCAAAACAAGACCAGCCCGAGUGGAAGGGUAUUAUGUACGCAGUCCUACUUUUCGUUUUGGCCGCUGCCCAGACCUUUAUUCUGGGUCAGUACUUCCACCGCAUGUUCAUUGUGGGCCUGCGAAUCAGGACAGCUUUAAUCAACGCCAUCUACCGCAAGGCUCUGCGCAUUUCGAACUCCACCAAAAAGGAGUCCACCGUGGGCGAGAUUGUCAACCUGAUGGCCGUGGAUGCCCAGCGAUUCAUGGAACUGACAACCUACCUGAACAUGAUCUGGUCGGCGCCCCUGCAGAUCGCCCUAGCUCUGUAUUUCCUCUGGCAGCAACUGGGACCGUCUGUGCUGGCCGGUUUGGCUGUGAUGAUUAUCCUGAUACCUGUGAACGGAGUGAUUGCCAGUCGGAUCAAGACCUACCAGAUCAGACAGAUGAAGUACAAAGAUGAGCGUGUUAAGUUGAUGAACGAAGUACUGAGUGGCAUUAAGGUGCUCAAGUUGUACGCCUGGGAACCGAGUUUCGAGAAGCAAGUGUUGGACAUCCGUGACAAGGAGAUUGCGACGCUGCGAUCCACUGCCUAUUUGAACGCGGGAACUUCGUUCUUGUGGUCCUGCGCCCCCUUCCUGGUUUCCUUGGUCACGUUUGCCACUUACGUGCUGACCAGCGAGGCGAAUCAGCUGAGCGUCGAGAAGGUGUUAGUCUCAAUCAACCUCUUCGACCUCAUGAAACUCCCGCUGACCAUCCUGCCCAUGCUGAGUGUUGACAUAGCCGAGACGCAAGUUUCUGUGAACCGUAUCAAUAAGUUCCUGAACAGUGAGGAACUGGAUCCCAACAGCGUUCUCCACGAUUCCUCCAAACCCCACCCAAUGAGCAUUGAGAAUGGCGAGUUCUCUUGGGGUGAUGAGAUCACGCUGCGCAACAUUAACAUCGAGGUGAAGAAGAGCAGCCUGGUGGCCCUGGUUGGCACGGUCGGUUCCGGCAAGUCGUCGGUGGUGCAGGCUUUCCUCGGUGAAAUGGAAAAACUUGCGGGCGUUGUCAACACUGUGGGCAAGUUGGCCUAUGUACCGCAGCAGGCGUGGAUUCAGAAUGCGACGGUGAGGGACAACAUCCUCUUUGGGCAGACCUACGACCGAAAGCGCUACAACAAGGUGAUCGACGCCUGUGCCCUGCGCGCCGAUAUCGACAUCCUGUCGGCUGGAGAUCUCACGGAAAUCGGUGAGAAAGGCAUUAAUUUAUCAGGUGGCCAGAAGCAGCGCAUCUCGUUGGCCCGUGCUGUGUACAGCGAUGCCGAUCUGUAUCUGCUGGAUGAUCCUCUGAGCGCCGUGGACGCCCAUGUGGGCAAGCACAUCUUUGAGGAGGUUAUCGGACCCAAGGGUAUACUGGCACGAAAAUCCCGCGUGCUGGUCACCCACGGCGUCACUUUCCUGCCCCAGGUGGACAGCAUCUAUGUGAUAAAAAUGGGCGAAAUCAGCGAGAGCGGUACAUUCGAUCAACUGGUCAAGAACAAGGGCGCCUUCGCCGACUUCAUUAUCCAGCAUCUGCAGGAGGGCAACGAAGAGGAGGAGGAGCUUAAUCAGAUCAAGCGCCAGAUCUCCAGCACCGGAGAUGUCCCUGAGCUGUUAGGCACUGUCGAAAAGGCCAUUAAGUUGGCGCGCACGGAAAGCUUGUCCGAUUCCAUCUCCGUUACAUCCGCUGAUAGUUUGAUGGGCGGAGGAGGAAGUCUCCGCCGGCGAGCCAAGCGACAAGACUCCCACGAUUCCGUUGCCUCCGCCGCUUCCCUGAAAAAGAAGCAGGAGGUUCAGGGCAAACUUAUUGAAACUGAGAAAUCACAGACUGGUGGCGUGGAGUUCGCAGUGUACAAGCAUUACAUCAAGAGUGUUGGCAUCUUCCUAUCGGUUGCCACAUUGGUACUCAACUUUGUAUUCCAAGCUUUCCAAAUCGGCUCGAAUCUGUGGCUCACUCAAUGGGCGAACGAUGAAAAGGUCGCCAACGACACUGGCCUCAGGGACAUGUAUCUGGGUGUUUAUGGUGCCUUCGGAUUCGGUCAAGGUGUGCUAGCCUACUUUGCGGUGGUCAUCGUCUACCUGGGCGGCUUCCAGGCGGCAAAGACCAUCCACAAUGAGCUGCUGGCCGUCAUAAUCCGAGGCUCCGUGUGCCGCUUCUUCGACAUCACUCCCAUCGGGCGACUCUUGAACAGCUUCAGCGGCGAUAUGGAUGUUGUCGACGAAGAGUUGCCCGCCACCAUGGAUUCCUUUAUGACCUUUAUCUUUAUGGUUCUGGCCACCAUUGUGGUAAUUAGUUUGUCCACGCCAAUUUUCCUGGCCGUGAUCGUGCCCAUCGCCUUCCUGUACUACUUCGCCCAGCGCUUCUACGUGGCUACUUCCCGGCAGCUGAUGCGUCUGGAAUCCGUCUCCCGGUCGCCAAUCUACUCGCACUUCAGCGAAACUGUCACCGGAGCAUCGACUAUUCGUGCCUACAAUGUGGGAGAUCGUUUUAUUGAGGAAUCUGAUGCCAAGGUGGACAAGAACCAGGUCUGCAAGUACCCGUCCGUGAUUGCCAACCGUUGGCUGGCCAUUCGUUUGGAGAUGGUUGGCAAUCUGAUUAUUCUGUUCGCAUCGCUCUUCGCCGUCCUGGGAGGUCAAACCAAUCCCGGCCUGGUGGGUCUGUCGGUAAGCUACGCCCUGCAGGUGACCCAAACCCUCAACUGGCUGGUGCGCAUGUCAUCCGACAUCGAGACGAACAUCGUGUCCGUGGAGCGCAUCAAGGAGUACGGCGAGACCAAGCAGGAGGCUCCCUGGGAGCUGGAGCAGGACAAGAACAAGCCCAAGAACUGGCCCCAGGAGGGACGCGUUGAGUUCCAGAACUUCCAGGUGCGCUAUCGCGAAGGUCUGGACCUGGUGCUGCGCGGUGUUAGUUUCAAUAUCAAGGGUGGCGAGAAGGUCGGCAUCGUUGGUCGCACGGGUGCCGGUAAAUCCAGUCUCACAUUGGCCUUGUUCAGAAUUAUUGAAGCUGCCGGUGGUCGCAUCUCCAUCGAUGGCGUGGACAUUGCCUCAAUGGGUCUGCACAUGUUGCGUUCCCGCCUGACAAUUAUCCCCCAGGAUCCAGUGCUCUUCUCUGGCUCGCUGCGCAUCAACUUGGAUCCAUUUGAAAUCAAAACCGAUGACGAAAUCUGGAAGGCUCUGGAGCUGUCCCAUCUGAAGUCCUUUGUAAAAAGUUUGAACGCUGGUCUGAACCACGAGAUUUCCGAGGGUGGUGAGAAUCUGUCGGUGGGCCAGCGCCAGUUGGUUUGUUUGGCGCGUGCUCUGCUGCGAAAGACCAAGGUUCUGGUGCUGGACGAAGCCACCGCCGCUGUGGAUCUGGAAACAGAUGAUUUGAUUCAGAAAACCAUCCGAACGGAGUUCAAGGAAUGCACAGUUCUCACAAUUGCCCAUCGAUUGAACACUAUUUUGGACUCGGACAAGGUAAUCGUGCUGGACAAGGGCCAGAUCACCGAGUUCGCCUCGCCCACGGAGCUGCUAGACAAUCCCAAGUCGGCCUUCUAUAGCAUGGCCAAGGACGCCAACCUAGUUUAAGAUCCCUGAAUGUCAACUUGAAACUCCACGAAACUCAAACGGAAGAGUGUGUGCCCCAACAAAAACCCCUAGGAAUAUAGAUGUACGAAAAGAAAAUCAUUCAACGGUAGCUUUAAGCCAUUGGCACUGACAGCUCUACCUCAUGGCUAGGACAAGCAACUAUGAGACAAAGCAGGCAACCACAACAAAAGAACAAUAAGCGGAAGAAAUUAGCAAAUACCAACUAAAUGUUCAUUAGACUAAGCGAAAUAGUUCAAGCCAGUUGCGCCUUCGUCGGUUACGCUAUGUUCGUUUUUAUUAUGUAUAUGUAUUUACAUAGUCAAGUGUAUUUUUCUAUUGUCUAUUGUACUUAGUUUUCUAUGCAACAAGAAGCGGUAUAAGCGAGAUGGCGAGAUGGAGCAUAAGCCCAGAAAGAAAAAUAACUCUAAUGUAUGCCACAUAUUUAUGUACUUAAAUUAACAAACCAGAAGAUUGAGAUACUACUUAAACUCCCUCAAGAAUUUUUGCCUUCAACUGAUACAAUCAGUAAGAGAAAUGGUCAACGUAGUUAAAUCAAUUUAUUGAAACUUUUGUAGAAUGUAUACCUAAAUCAAAAAUAAACGCCGGGAGUGAAUAGGCCAAACGAAAUCCCAAUGAAAUUUA